AUGCGUGGACAACGCUUCUCAUCUUCUCGUGGAGGGUUCAACAGUUUCAGCCAAAGUCAACAUGGGCAAAGCCUUCAGAACAUCAUUGAUCUCAGCCCAUACGAUGAAGAUUUGUAUGAGAACAACGAAGUCUUUGAGAGGGGCCCAUAAGUUCAGUGCUGAUGGAUUCAGGAAUUAUCGCCUAUUUUCAGUCUUUGUUGUGAAAAUAAACUACCAUGUGAACGAAGAUGCGUUUUAAAUGUGAUGUGUUUGUAAUGCACUGAUUUACUUCUGUUACGAACAUUAUAUACCAUGUUUUAGAGUGAUCGUAUUCAGAAAGUCGGAACACUCACAAAACAACAAUGGAACCAGACAUCCCAAAUUUAGAACGCAGACGGGAUACAUCAUAUUUUCGGUAGGAAUUGUUUGCCUUGAACAGGUUUUUACGUUUAGACGAAAGACAGUGGAAGAACAGAGCGUUGCCCAAAUUUUUUCGAUCUGAAACCACCAAUUAAGCAUAGCAUCGACACGACCGGAAGCAUGGCCCCAUGUUUUAUGUGCUGGCGGAAGGAGAAGCCACAGGAUCCAUCGUUUCGCCAAGGCCAUACUGCACGAUGCGUGCCCAGAUUGGAGGGCUUUAUGAGGGAUGUGUACGAUGUAGAACGAAUUGUAUGGCCAAGCCAACUGAACUGUUGGACGAACGGAAGCCCCAUCCAGAUUUGGCUUGAAGGUCCCACAAAAAAUGCGAAAUUUGAACAGUAGGGUUAUAUGCGAAAGUUAUUUUUUGUGUUUAGUUCUUUACUACAUAGCAAGUCUGAACGUGAUCGAAGUCCCAUUAAUCAUUCAAGAGAGUUUCGAAUUCGAAAUGAACAAUUUGAGUGUAAAACCACUUGCGUACGACUGCCUACGCACUGAUCCGAAUUUCCAGCUGGCCCUAAUUGAAAUUAGAUUUACUUUACGUAGAGAAGAUGGGAAAACCAAAAUGCUCCGACAAUUCAUCAUAGACAGCAGCCGAAAUGGCUUCUAUCUGAUCCUGAACAAACGACAACUGAAGCAUCCGGACACACAACGUAUAGAACUACCCCAUUGGCCAAAAGAUGUUCCGUUGCCGGAAGUGGCCAAAGAACGAGAGGCCCUAGCUGUUUACAAAGUGGCUCAAAACCCCAUUGUAUCGGACACAGUAGGUAAGAUGAAAGCGAAAUGCUAAAUCACCGUGUAUGAAUACGUUUCGGCUUCAGUUUUAAUUUGCCAUUCGAACAGCAUAACAAAUGGCAUGGAUUCAAGCAUAGACAGGCUAGAAGGAGUGUAUUACACCAUUUCCUGUGCUUAUGGAACAGGUUUCAGAUGGGAGAUGAAGCGCAAAAUUGUUAAAUUCUUCCGUGAACAUGUCCCGACUGUACCCGCCUUUGCAACGCACUUCUUAGCCAACUACAAUUCGAUUACUAUGGGCCCAUUCUUGGAAUCAGACAAACUCCAUCGCCCACCCGACGUCUUUCGCGAGGAUUUGGAAGAGUUCAACAACAACUUCUUUCCAACAAAAUUAAAUUCCUCACAGAUGGAUGCCGCAUUCAAAAUGUUUGAAAACGAAUCCGCGUGUACGAUUGUAAGUAUUUAUGAACACUUAUCCAAAAAAGCUUUAAGGGACCCACUGGAGCCCGAAAAUCGCUUGUAGUGGUUUUCAUAGCCGUUUUUAAUUGGAAUACCUUCGUCGCCGCACCCUGAUCCUCACUACCAGAAAAGCCGUCUCAUUGUCAAUGGUUAGUGUCGUAAAGAGAGUUUGGACACAGAUGGUUGAAAAUGGUGCUCGUGCCAAGCUUUGUAUCGAUCCUGUGCUUCCGCUGGCCUACGCCAUUUCCAAAUUGAACAUUAUGAGCAAAGACAUUGAGACAGUGAAAGACGUAGUGGUGUUCAGCAAAUCCGUCCCGAAGGUGGGUCAUACAGCCCGCAUCACGUCUUGUUUUAUGAAACAGCCGUUCUGGUCUCAUUAUUGGGCGAUGUAA